UAUCCAUUUAGGAUACCGUACUGCUGCGUUUCUGCAUAGCAUAGUUCACAACAACAUCCAUCUAUCAUUCCAUUAUUAAUUGUUUCAAUGGAUCACUCGAGUGAUGGGAUCCAAGAUGGAAUGCAUGAUGUACAGGCAGCUAAAAGAAUUAGAGCUGUCCAAAUUUCUGCUGAGCACAUUAUCUACUUCAUCAGUCUUGUGAAAAGUCACCCAUGCUUAUGGAACAAGAAGGAUAUGUGGUAUAAAAAUAGCAACCAUAGGCAGAAAGCAUGGGAAAAUAUUUCUCAGCUAAUGGGAUAUACCGUACAACGUCUAAAGGAUAAGUGGUGUUCUUUGACUGGUUCUUUCCGCUCACUCAACUCCAAGUACAGCAAAAUGACUCCAGAAGAAUUGGAAUUAGUUGGUAAACCGACAUGGUUUGCGUACGAUGCAAUGCGUUUUCUUGAAAACGAAUCACAGCGUGAAGCGAAUCGUUUCAUAAAAUAUCAGGAGAAAGACCCUGCAGCUACAGAAGCCCAUGAAUCUAUAUCCAGCGGACCUUUGGAGGCCAAAGAAUCACCGGAUGUCAAACCGCGCAUAGUUACGCUUGUUAAUGUCCACGAUAACACAGUAAUCUGCCAGAGCAUCAGUAAAACUGUAUCAGAAAAGUCAACUCGAACUAACGUGAAGGCACAAGCGGAACUGGUCAACGUUAAAAAGCUCGAGCGUAAUCCUCCAACAAAACCUCAAAGUUCUUCAACAGUUAUGCGAAAGUCUCAAAACCAACCGUUGUUUAGCGAACGAUGGAUUGAAACUCCUAUACGAGCUAUACAACCGAAGGCACAAGUACUCGAGGAUCCAUUACAUAUCGAAAGAAAUGUUGAUACUAGUUCCACCGAUAGUCGAGCAUCGGUGAAGUCCUUUCUUAGCUUUUUGGAACAAGAGCUAUGCCAGCUAUCGGAAGAGAGUGUGACAAAGGCCCAGAUAGAAAUGCAUCGCAUUAUAGCGGAAUACAAGUUAAAAGAUAUUGACAAAAACAAAUCACAAUCCAUGCCAACGGUAAAAAAGUCAAUAGAAUCAUCAUGGACGCAGACCGAAUCGUGCAAUGCACCGAGAAAAAAUGGUUUACCUGUUGUGGAAGAUAUUCCAGAUGGUUUCGACUGAAGGGGAAAAACAAGUUAAUGUGUAAAGUGUCUUCUAUGCAUCACGCAUCACGAACUUCAGCAUGUGAUGACAUGUAAAUGAAAGAAAAAUCAAAGCAUAGCUUUACUUCUGCUUCUCUGGAGUAGCGAUCGUCCGUGGACAUACAGGAUACAGGAAACUCUUAACUGCCUUGAUAAAACUUCACGUGUGGAACUUGAUGGUUGGACAAAUGUUACUUUUCAAUAAUUUUAUCCGUCAAAUGUGCAUCGAAAUUCCAUUUUAAUCAUUAAAGUUUACAGACAGGGUAAUGUCCCUUACUAUUUAUAAAGAUGAGAACAUGUCAUUUUUGGUAAUCUUCGGUGCUUUUAAGCUUUGUAUAAAGUCGUUCCUAAUGUCCAUAUUCUGCUAUUUGUUACAUCUCAAAUUAGGCCCCCUCAGCAGUUUUUUAGGGUGCAUCAUUAUUAUGUAUGCGCCUUUUUCUUCAAGACCUGAAAAUGUAAAAAAAUAAAUAGUCCUUGGUAAAUGGCUCAAUUUCUUACCGAAA